AAGAGAGAAAGAGAAAGAGGAAGAGGGGAGAAAGGGAGAGGAACGGGCAGAGAGCAGCUGGAAAGAUGGAGCACUUCCAUCACAUAGCAGGUUUAUAAUGAUCGGGGAAAGGUGUCCGCGCUGAAUGGGAUUACAGGGAUUGAUGUAAAGGUUGGGUCCUGCAUUUGUGCCAAGGAACUACCGAGGAGGGAGGAAAAGAUGUUGCCUUCACAGGAAGCCUGUAAAAUCUACCAUGACAAUUACAUGCGUAACUCCAGAGCCAUCGGCGUACUGUGGGCCAUCUUCACCAUUUGCUUCGCGAUCAUUAACGUUGUGGUUUUCAUCCAGCCUUACUGGAUCGGGGACAGUGUCAGCACUCCCUACGCUGGCUACUUCGGCCUUUUCCAUUACUGCAUCGGGACGGGUUUAAACAGCCGGGAUUUAAUAUGCCAGGGGACCUUCUCCGACUUCUCCAGCAUCCCGUCGGGUGCCUUCAAGGCGGCGGCAUUCUUCGUGCUGCUGUCCAUGGUGUUGAUACUGGGCUGCAUCGCCUGCUUCGCCCUGUUCUUCUUCUGCAACACGGCCACCGUUUACAAGAUCUGCGCCUGGAUGCAGCUCCUGGCAGCUGUUUGUCUCAUCUUGGGAUGUAUGAUAUUCCCCGAUGGCUGGGACUCGGAAGCUGUGAGACGCAUGUGCGGAGACAAAACAGGGAAAUACACGCUGGGGAACUGUUCCGUGCGCUGGGCCUACAUCCUGGCCAUUAUUGGAAUCCUGGACGCACUAAUCCUCUCCUUCCUGGCCUUUGUACUUGGGAACCGGCAGAAUGAACUCCUUCAGGAUGAUCUCAAGGUCGAGAACAAAGAGGAUCUGAUGUGAGAUUGAAGCCCAGUGCUGCAGACACCUCAUAACUUGCCAACAUCACUGAGAUUAAAAACGCCUUUAACCACCACACCAACACAACAAUACUGACCUUUUUAACUGAAAAAAAUAAUGCCACAAGGGAAAAACAACAACAGCAAAAUACAUCUGCAAAGGCUGCCAUGUCCCCUGCUCCACGGAACAGAGAAGGAAAUUGCUGCUCUGGAGAAAUACUUCCACCAGUAUUCUCUGCACAACAAGUGACGUACUUCACUGCAAGGAGCCUGGAUCAAACAGUAUGUAUUCACCAAUCAGGAUUGACUUUGCAGGCAUCAGGUGCAUACAACCUUCGUGUACAGCACAGUGUUGGUAAUUAAUUCUUUACUUCGUUCUGUACUUUCACUACAAGACUGUAAAGCUGAUUUGAUAUUUUUCUGUACAAAGUUUAAAAAAUGAUGAAAUAUAUAAUGUAAAUUCUACUAAAUACAGGGUAAAGAUAGAACAUAGCAACACAUGUAUAAAGAAUUUUCAUAAGACGUUGCUACCUGCCAGAAAGCUUCCCCAUCGAUCACCUGUUAUAUAUUGGGGACGACAGAGCAAACAUUUCAGUUUAUAAAAGAACACUGCUUUAUAAAUUCCCUCUGCUCCUGGUCCAAAUUGCUGUUGAAAGCAGGAUUAAUACUGUUCAUUCUAUCACUCAAAAGAACUGAUUCGGUCUGGAUUAGGUUCUGUAGUGCUGGAACUCCAAAUAUCGUACUUUAUUUUGUACCAAGCGUAAGGGAUGAUGGCGUGAUGUGGUCACCAAGUUGUGUGCAUGUGACUAACAGAAGAAGAUACUUUCUGUUUUCAUUGCGCCUCUUCCAUUCUUUUGUACUUAAUCCCCAUCCUUUAAAGACCCUAACUCAAGAUUUUCAAUCCAAGGCCUAAUUUUAGUUGAUCUGAAAUUUAAUUAUGGCCGAAAUGCUGAAAGAAUGUAAUUCAUUGUCAUCGAGCCCAAGGCCUACAGCUGAUGCUGAUGGCAGCCACUGUAAUAAUAUUGAGGAAAUGUUGCUCCUCGACGCAUUGGGUCAGACACUUGCUGUGAUGGAGAAAGGGUAAUAGACACACGUUUGGGCCUCGGUGUUUGGAGUUAUAAAAUUUUUCAACCGAAAGGAUGGGAUUCUGAAGGUCAUGAGAGAGCAGUGGGAGUGCGCUGGUAUUUGUUGAUUUAAAUUGUGUUUGUAAUCGAUCUGUUCAAAGUAAAGUAAAUUUUAUUAAGGCAAAAGAGUGCAUUCUGCACAGAUGGAUGGCAAGUUCUGCUUCCUUCACUCAACGUUGCUGUUUGAUGUGGACUGAAUCUCUCAUUCAUUCUCUUCACGCCGAAUGUCAAGUCCCUGAGGAACUGAAAGCAAAUGAACUUGAACUUAUUAAGUAUCUUCAGGUUACAAUUGACCCCCAGCCCAACGUGCCCCCAAUCAUUGGGCCAUUGGUGAUUUCCAAGAACUCGAAAGCAAAGGAGCAGAGAGGAGGUCCAAGUUGGGUGCAGUGGAGAAUCCUCUCAUGGGGUCUGACUGAGCAGGGAAGAUAGGUGGGCCCAGCCAGAGCUUGUGGACGGCCACAUUUCCAAAUAUCUUGCCUGGCAGCAGAUUGUCAAGGUGUCUAAUAAGAAGCAUGAAACAAUACUUUGGCUGUUGCAUAAACAAGGAGAAAACAAUUAGUGAUAUUGUAUGCCUAGUAACUUCUACUUAAGUUCUUGAUGUUUAUGCUAAUGGCUCACCCAUCCAAAUAUGGAAAGGUUGUUGUGGACAGCAGCUGAGGGUCUUAUUUACUCAGUUAAGAUUGAGAACUUGCUUCUAAAACCCAGAACAAACAUAACUGGGAGGGAUAAUCACAGUGAUGAUGGAAACUGAUUGAGUUCCAGUUCUGAUAUAAUCGUAAAUAUAGCUAAGAGGUCAGUUUUUUUUUAAUGAACAGGCAUUUGUAAUGUAGUUUGGAAGCUUUAGGAAUCUGAGGCUUCGCAUAUGAUUGUUUUUUUCAUGUUUAUUGAAUACAAAUGUGGUUAAGUUAAUCAAGUUAAGGGUAUCUGCUGAGAGUUGUACUCAGUCACUUGCAUUCAUCUGGUACAAAGGCAUGGAUGGUAAGCACAGAUAUCAGCCACCUCCUGCUCGUGCGUUUAAUCAAAGCACUAGAGACAAAAUCCCGUUGCCCACCCCGUGUUUCUGUAUACGGUCAAAAUGUUGAAUACUAAACUGGAAAUAGCUAUUAUUUUACAGGAACUUUAACAAGGUGUCUUUUUCUUUAAGAUGGACCUCCUUUCCAAUAUAAAAAUACCCAAGGCAGAUGGAGAUUGGUUGAGACAGGCUGGGCAAGCCAAACUAACUUGUGCUACUUUACAUUUCCAUAGACAGAAACUGAGCAUUCAUUUAAUUUAAUAUUCAGACAGUUUGUCUCACAAAUUAGGAAGAUAUAUCUCUGUACUUAAACAGGAAGUCUCAAUCCCACUCUGGUUAAUUGCCACCAGAAGUUACAUCCAUUUUGAGGGAGAUAUCUGACACAGAACUGAUUGAUUAACUAUAAAUCAUGAAAGGGAGCAAGUUGAGAAGGCAGAAUUAAUUUAAUCCAUGGCCUACUUUAAACAACUUCCUUAGAACUGUCCUAGAAAUGAUGAUAACCUAAUGGUCUUCAACUGGA